ACCUCUCUAGAGAGGUCUGAGAAUGACGCUAUCACACAUACAAACAGCAACGAUUACGUGGCUGUGUAUCGUUCAGACGCUCUUUAUAUGUACUAUGCGCAGCUCACUGAGAAUAUAACUUAGUCUCGUUUUUAGUCUGCGACACGGCGGAACGCAUUAUUCUGCUUCACGGCUGAUUUCAAGAUGAAGCAAGCAACAAGCUCGGGUUCUGAGUCGUCACCAUGGCUGUUACAAAUUCAAAGCCUGCUAAACAGCAUAAAUCAUAUGCUGAUCUUUAUGGUGGGUGCCUUCUUCUUCACACUCGCCAGGAGUCUGGAAUUUCAAGAUACGGCCAUGCACAUGUUCAUGACGGGCAUAGGAUUUCAUGUACUAAUUGCUCAGGCAUUGAUGUCACACUAUAAGGUAAACCGAAUUACCCGCUGGCUCUCACACAAGAACAAAUCCCGUUUGCAUGGCGUGCUGCAAUUGGUCGGUGGUUCGAUGGUGCUGCUGGGCGCCUUGGGCAAGUUCUCCCAGAAGGAUGUGCACUUUAACACAUGGCAUGGAAGAUUCGGUGUGGCAGCUGCCUUUGGGUGCGCUGCGAGCGUUGUUGGCGGUCUGGUUAACUUCUUCCAGCCCAAAUUUGCGUUGAAAGUAUUUCCACCAUCGGAAAUGCGAUUCCGUCAUAAUCUCUUUGGGCUGCUCAGCUUUACGAUUGGCAUGACGGCUAUUUACCUGGGCUACUAUUCAAAGUUCUUUACUCGUGUCGUUGAUCAUGAAUUUAUACCUGCCUUAAUGCUAACCACGGUAUUGGUCUACCUCCUGACCAUAAUUGGGCCGGUGGGCUCGCUGCUAACGAAGCUCAAGUACCGCAGGCAAAAGUCCGCGUAAAAGGGGCCGUCGGCUAGGUAUACAAAUUGGUGAAGGUUAUGAGGCUACAUGAAAGGGAGAAUCCUCUUUCAUUGAGUACAAUAAAAAAUGAAUACAAAAUAAACUUUCCAAAGCGCAACGAAGGCAAUUUGAAUUGUCAAUUGGCUUAGCGCUUCGCGCUUGGCUCGUUGCCAAA